GUGGAUUGCAAAUUGAACUUGGUGCCUUUGUUUUUUUUUGUUGUCCAUUGAACGAAAACUAAAUAUGGCAAAUAAGAAUAUAUUUUGUUAUUCAAUAUUAUGCCUUAUUCACCUAGCGGCAGUCAGUUGCGUGGAGCCGAUAACAAUUGGAUUGGUGUCACUCGGAGCCGCCGGUAUAGGAUAUCUCAUGAAAUCAGAUAUAUUAAGCGGAAGCGGCGAGCGUUGCAAUGAAGACAACAUUUACUCUCAUACAUCACACCUCGAAGCGAAUCUGGACAGAAAUCUAUUUGGCCAGCAUAUGGUGCGGCAAUAUGUUGUGGCCGCCUUAAAUGCUCAUCUGCAACCAAAUAAUCCUUCGCGCAAGCCGCUCGUAAUGAGUUUCCAUGGUACUCCCGGGACGGGAAAAAGUUUUGUGGCCGAUAACAUUGCUCAAUCACUUUACAAGCAUGGUUUGAAGAGCCAAUAUGUGCACAAAUAUAUGGGAAGAGCGGAUUUCUCGCAUCCGGCACGCAUUAAUGAGUACAAAGAGCGCAUCAAACGUGAAGUGCGCGAAAGUAUACAAAAGUGUCCACGUUCACUUUUCAUUUUCGAUGAGGUGGACAAGAUGCCAGCGGGCGUCUUUGAUACGCUCACCUCGCUUAUUGAUUAUGCCGGCUAUGCCAAAGAUGCCGACUAUACAAAAGCCAUCUUUAUAUUCCUUUCAAAUACGGCUGGCGUUCGCAUUUCGGAUCAUUUGGCUGCACUGAUGAAGCAGGGGAAACAACGCGAGGCCACACGACUCUCCGACUUUGAGGAGAUGCUAAAGAUGUCCGCCUAUCACAGCGAAGGUGGCCUCAAGAUGACCAAUAUGAUUGAUGCCCAUGUCAUUGAUCAUUAUAUACCAUUUCUCGCGCUCGAAAAGGCUCACGUUGUGCAGUGUGUGAAGGCCGAGUUUGCGCGUUGGCAUGCGGUGGCGGAGCCGGAUAAGAUUGCUGAAGUUAUCAACAGUGCUGUGAGCUAUGAGCCAGUGCACAGUCUGUUUGCAACAUCCGGCUGCAAGACCAUCGAGAAAAAGGUCGCUAUAGUAGUCCAUGGCCAGCGCGGAAGCUAAUGAAAAUGCAAUUCCUAACUGCCUUUUGCAUUUUUAUUGUGUACAUUUAGUAAUAGUAAUAGGCUGUUGUUGGCU